UGGCCUGUUUUACAGACUAAGAAGAGGAGGAAUAACGGUCGUGCCAAGAAGGGCCGUGGGCACGUGCAGCCCAUCCGCUGCACCAACUGUGCCCGUUGUGUCCCCAAGGACAAGGCCAUCAAGAAGUUUGUCAUCAGGAACAUAGUGGAGGCUGCCGCCGUAAGAGACAUAUCAGAGGCCAGUGUCUUUGACUCUUAUGUUCUGCCCAAGCUCUAUGUGAAGCUGCACUACUGUGUCAGCUGUGCCAUCCACAGUAAAGUGGUGAGGAACCGCUCCUGUGAGGCCAGGAAAGACCGCACCCCACCACCCAGGUUCAGACCCACGGCUGGUGCACCAAGAGCUAAUCCAAAGCCUAUGUGAAGCAGGUUUUGAAGAUGCUGUACACCUGAGGAAUAAAGUCAAAAAUCUUUUGAAAAAGUU